AUGUUAAUUACGGUGAAUAAUUUGUCUCUCUCCAUAGUGGAGUUAUUUCAAAAGUAUGAUCUGGAUAAAAUAACUGAAAUUUUAGAGCACAUGAAGAAGGAUAUAUUUAUCCGUUCUAAUGAAAUCAAAAAGAUUAUAGGAUCUAAUCCUGAAAUAAUGAUAAAAUGUGGUGAAAGUGUUGUAAAUAUUUAUAAUAGUUGUAAGAAACUUGGUAUUGAUGUAAACUGUUUGAUUGAUGAUAUAAACAAGUCCUUAGAUGUUAUAGAUAAUCAUGUACCUAAUAUUGAAGUCAAUGUGCCAGAUUUUAAUUCAUUAAUAAAUUUUGAAGAGGAUAAGGAAGAAUCAACAUAUUAUGAUUCUAUUAUCUAUAUUUCAGAAAAGAAAUUUAUGGAUACUUUCCUUUUAUAUUUAUCAUUAAAGGAAGAUAGUGAUAAUUUGGAAGUAAGUAAUUAUAUAGAUGACUUAUAUACAUUUGAUACUAGUAUAGCUUAUCAUUAUGCAAAUAAUUUGUUUAAUAGUUUUUGGGCUUCAAUUCAAUAUUUUCCUGUAUUAUCUGAAAAAGAAUUGGCAGAAUUAUUUAUUAUAUGUUUUUGUUUUGAAAAAAUCCUUAAUAAUAAUUCAUUGAAAUCUAAUAUUGAUUCCUUAUUUCAUGAAGUCAUAGUAACUAGAGUAUCAAGUAUAUCAUCUCAACUUGAAUUGAUUUCAUCAAUAAAUGGGAAUUUGGAUAUUUGUUCUACUUUUUGCCAGAUAAUGAAUAAUAUAUAUUGUUUGAUGAAACUUUUUGAUGCUGUUAAAGAGAUAAUAGAAUUAAAUAAAUCUAAUCCACUUUUACUAAAAUUUUCAAUACAAGAACUUAAUAAUGAAUCAAAAGAGUUUUGCAAGCAAUGUGUAGAUAAUUUAAUCGAUGAGAUGGCUAAUUCAUUUAUAAAUAUGAAAUUAUAUGAAGGUAAAGAUAAAAAUUAUUCUAAUAAAAGUGAUUAUUCUUAUAAAUAUAGAUUACUUUGUGAUAUAUAUAUAGCUUUGUAUAAUCUUAAAAUACCUGAAGUUUAUGAUAUUUUACAAAAAAAGUUCUUUCCAACAAUAAUAGAUGAAAUAAAAUUAUAUUUAAGUAAUUUUAUAUGUAAAGGGCCACUGGAUGAAAUUAUUUCAAUAGUUCGGAUUAAAGGGAACAUAAAAUUUAAUAUACCUUCAACUAAACAAUAUAAUAAUAAUAUUAAAGACUGGAUUUAUAGGUUUAAUGAACAUAUUGAAGAUAUUACUAAUGAAUUUAAAUAUAUUGAGAAUUUAAUUGAAUGUACAUCUGAAAUUUCUAUAUACAAUAGAUUAUAUUAUCCUAUAAACCAAUCUAAUAUACAAAUAGAUACCUUUAUUGAUACUUCAUCACCUGAAGUUCUCCCUACUCAUAAAUUUGAUAAAAUAUUAGAUUAUAUAUCUGAGUUAUUUCUUACUACAAUUAUGAACAAGUUAUUAAAUUCAAUUAGUACAAUUAUAUGGUCUAUAAGGGGUAAACUUUCUCAAAAUAUUGCUUCUUUUGAAAUUGAUUCUAAUGAUUAUAAAUCUAUGGAACUAUUUAACAUUCAUUCUUUUGUAAAUUUGUUAUCUCAAGGAAAAAAGUCUGAUGAAAUUGAACUUCUUCUUUUUGAAUAUGCUGGUACAGAUCAAAAGAACUCAUUAAUAUUGGAUACUUCAAUAGUAUCUGAAAAUAUUUGUUGGAGAUCACUUGCAACAAUAAUACAUGAAAUAGCAUCUGCAAUUAGUACAUCGGAACAAAGUUCACUUAAUUCUUUAAAUUAUCUUGUUAAAAAGUAUACAGAAGUAAAAUUUAGAAGGUUUCAAGCUGAUAAGUUAUAUAUAUUAGAGGCUCUUUUUUAUGCAAUUUAUAUGCAUCUAGACAAAAUAAUGAGUUCCACAUGUAAAAUUCAGGGUAUCAUAUUGGAUAUUUUGAAUUAUCUUGAUACUAAUUUUGAGGAUAGUUGUCCUAUACAAAUUUUAUCAUAUUGCCAAUUAUACCGUCAAUUAGGUAUAUCUGGAUAUCCAGAAUCUCCAUAUACUAUUUUAACACAACUAAGUGCUGAUCUAAUAGCUUUUAAUAUGGAUAUUUUAUCUCAAGAACAAAAUAUUAUAUAUAGUCUAGUGUGUCAAACUUAUCUACAAUCUUAUAUUAUACCUAUACUUUAUAAAAUUCUAAAUAAAACAAUAAGUUUUAUAUCUAAUAGAAAUAACUUAGAUAAUGGAGUUUAUGAAAAAAAGUCUAUGAAUAUAGAUAUUCUUAUAAAUAAAUUAUGUAUAGCAAUUUACUGCGAUUUAUAUUGGUGUUAUAAUUUUAUGCAAUCAGAAUAUGAAGGAAUAUCUAAUAGUAUUACUAGUUUUAAUUUAAUUGAUAAAAAAGUUCUUGAAUCUAUUUUUGAAGAUAAAAAUAGAUUGUUCAAUAUUUUAUCAGAAAAAGUUUUAUCUAAACAAACUCUUAUGGAACUUGAAGAAGCUAUUAAAAUUUGGGAAUUUGAUAUUAAAGAUAUUUCAAAUCUUAAUAAUCAAACAAAAUUAUUACCAAUUGAUCUUUUAUUUGUAAAAAGUGGUCAACGUUUUCCUACUUUGCCUAUUUCUCCCCCAAAAUUAGGAUUAUUAUCUACAAAGAUUAAUAUAGCUUCAGAUAAAGCUUCUAAAAUAUUUCCUGAAACUUUAUCUAAUAUAAAUCAAGAUUUUAUUUUUGGUAAUAUUGAUACACAGAAAGUCGAUUUUAUAGAGGGAGAUAAUAAAUCCAAUUCUACAAACAAUAUACAGGAUGAUUCUGUAAAUAAAUUAGAAAAGAAUGAAGAUCAUAUGGUUGAUUAUCCCUCAUCAGCUACUCAGAUAUUUAGUGAGAAACUAUCUGGAUGGUUUUCAAUGGUUGGUAGUCAAGAUAAUAGUAUAGAUAAACAGAAAAUUUGGCAAGUAUCUAAUCUCUUAAAGGAUACAGUUAAAGAUAAAGUUUUUGGUUCAAUAAGUAAUGAAUAG